AUGUCUCACCAUAUGGAGGAUGCACACAAGCGACCCAAGGGUAUUCUGAAGAACUCCAGCUCUCAGGUGCCCCAGGUCGCGCAGCAUGCUCACGCUACUUUGACGAUCCCUUCAACCUCGGCCGACCCUACGGACACCAAGGAACUUACGCUUCAGAACACCCUCCAGAAUGCCGGUCGACGUCGGUCGUCAUCCAACACUCGCCCCGGGUCUUCGUCGCGACGACAGUCUCUUGCCAGCAUCCACGGUCAUCACGACGACUCGUCGCCCCGCCUGAAGUGGGACGAGGCCAACCUGUAUUUGACGGAGCAGGAGAAGACGGCCAAGAUGAAGAUCGAUGAGCCCAAGACCCCCUAUGCGCCGCGCUAUGACCCCGCCGAGGAUGAGGACGAGCUGGCGGGCGAGGAAAGUCUGAUUGAUGCGCAGGAUAUAGUGGUGGACGAACUGGACAAGACGAAGAAGGCGCCCAAGAAGACGGUCGCAGAGGACGAUAUUCCGGAGUUGGAGCUGGGAGAGGCCGAGGAGUAUGGUGGUGAUGCGCAUAUGGGAGAUGCCGAUCGGAUCGUGCGCGAACGAAGCUUGAGCAAUGACUCACAUCGGGGCGGGAAGCACGUUGUGGUCGGGGCUGGCGAGCUGAACGGCGAAACCGAGUCUGGUGGAGAUACGUUGAUGACGGCGGGCGAAGCCGAGGAAAAGCAUCGCCAGUUCGAGCAGCAUCGGAAGAAGCACUAUGAGAUGCGGAACAUCAAGGAUCUCCUUGCCCACCCUGAGGAUCUCGAGGACGAAAUGGACGAAGACGAAGAUGAGGGGGACAGCUCAAGUGCCGCGGUGCCGCCCCCGAUGCCUAGGAUCCCGGAGCGAUUUCUAAAUGGAGGAAAGUGA